UGCCCUGCCGGUCGAAGGCACGCCCCCUCAGCUUCGCCCCGCCCACUAGGGGACCCCCCCCCCGCCUCGCGGCAAGCAGGCGGGCGGGCUAGCGGCACCGCAGUCGUGGCGGCCAUUUUGUGGCGCUGCUCAGUCGGUGGCGUUGGGCAGGUCUCGGCGAGUGGAGCCCGAGUGAAGCAUUAGCCCCUCGCUCGUGCCUCUUCCCGGGCGAAGCCCUCGGGCAAUAAAGGCAGCGGCUUAUAACAAAAUGAGAAAACAUCCACCAAACAGAAGAGGUAUCAGCUUUGAAGUGGGAGCCCAGUUGGAAGCCCGAGACAGAUUAAAAAACUGGUAUCCAGCUCACAUUGAAGAAAUUGAUUAUGAAGAAGGAAAAGUGCUCAUCCAUUUUAAACGCUGGAAUCAUCGCUAUGAUGAAUGGUUUUGCUGGGAUAGUCCUUAUUUGCGUCCUCUAGAGAAAAUACAGUUAAGGAAGGAAGGAUUGCACGAGGAAGAAGGGUCUUCUGAAUUUCAUAUAAAUGACCAGGUGUUGGCGUGCUGGUCAGAUUGUCGUUUUUAUCCAGCCAAAGUUACUUCCAUAAACAAGGAUGGUACUUACACUGUGAAAUUUUAUGAUGGUGUAGUUCAGACAGUCAAGAAUAUACAUGUCAAAGCUUUUUCCAAAGAUCAGUCUAUAGUAAAUAAUCCAAGACCUAAAGAGAGAGGUAAUGAAAUCCCCUCAUCUCCUGAAAGAUGGGAAAAGUUUAAAGAACAGAGGAAAGCAACUGAGAAUAGUAAGAAAGACAAGGAUGAAAAGGCAUUAAAGAUUGAACGAAGGCCUAAAUCAGAUAAAGAAGGAAAACUAAUUGUCCCUUCAGAAAAAGGCAAAGUAUCUGAAAAACCUCUACCUAAGAAUGGGAAAGAAGACAAAGAGAAUAUAUCAGAGAAUGAUAGGGAAUUCUCAAUAGAUACCCAGAUUGAAAAGAAACCUGAAAAUGACAAUGUGAAGAUACCUCCAGAAAUCCACAAAGAAACAAAAAGACGCCGUGGUAGACCUCCUGUAGUACCUCCAACAGAACAAGUCUCUCAAACAUUGCAGCCGAUAACUUUAGAAUUAAGAAGGCGGAAAAUACCGAAAGGAGGAGAGGUUCCUUCAAAACGUCCCCGGCUCCAGAAGAACAUGUCACAAGAAAAGUUGAAAAACUCAGUGGACAAUGACAAAGAUUCCUUAAAGAGACGAUCGAGACAUUCUACCAGUAGCAGUCACGAGACUUUAGAUACGGACAUUGUCACACCACUGCUAGAUGAAAUUGGAUCUUUAAAAGAGCCAGAAUCCAGCCCAAAAGAAAUCAGUGAAGGUCCAUUGGAAGCAUGUGUUGAGUCUGACCAAAAUAUUAUUGAAGAGUUGCCUCCAUCUUCAGGAGAAGUAUCUCAGUCUUCAGUAGAUGAAGGCAAAUUAAAGGAAGAGAACAUAGUAGAGCCUUCCUCUACAUCUGAAUCACAAGAGACGUUAGAGACAUCUGCUACAGUAACCAAUGUUUCCAAGAGAACUGAUGAUGUUGCUGCUUCAAAACCUGCAAUUGACCAUGAACCCAAGUUCAGAUGUAAGUUCUUGGAUUGUUCAAAAUCCUUUCGGAAAGCCAAAUUGCUACAUUAUCAUAUGAAGUAUUUCCAUGGAAUUGAGAAGUCACCAGAACCACAACAGAGUCCAGCAACAAGAAAUAUUCAAACAAGAGGUUCUUUAGCUUCUGAGAAGGCCAGUCAGGAAAGUUCUAACAGACGGCGGACUACAUCUGGUUGCUUAUCUACUAAAGAAAAGGAGAAGAACAAAGAGAAGAAACCCAGAGAUGUUGUAAGAUCAAAAUCGAAGAAGAAAAAGAAGAAGAAAAAGAAAUCAAAAUCAGAACUUUCAGGGAGUGAAGAAAACAUUGAAUUUUCCCAAGGCCUGUCCCCUCCAAGAUCUAUUAUCACAACAAGAUAUAGUUCAGCAAAUCGAUCUUGUGCACAUUUAAGCACACAACUGCAUGGCUCCGAUUCUGGAAACCGUAAACAUAAAUCAAAAAUAAAUGAGGAUGAUACCUUGAGUGAGUCGUCUGCAGAUAGUUUGCUUUGGAGCGAUGAUGACUGCAGUCAGGACAUUGAUGUUACAACCAAUCCUGAUGAGGAUCUUGAAGAUGAUGAUAAUGAUUUUGAAAUUGUCCGGUGCAUUUGUGAAGUGGAGGAAGAAAAUGACUUUAUGAUUCAGUGUGAAGAAUGUCUCUGUUGGCAGCAUGGAGUCUGUAUGGGCUUAUUAGAAGAUAAUGUACCUGAGAAAUAUAGCUGCUAUAUCUGUCAGGAUCCUCCAGGUACAAAGAUUUCUAAGGUUGCAGAGUCUUCUAAUAGUAAGCGGUCCAGCUUGAAGUACUGGUAUGAGAAGGAGUGGCUAUGUAGUGGUCACAUGCAUGGCUUAGGGUUUUUGGGAGAAAAUUAUUCCCACCAGAAUGCUAAGAAAAUAGUAGCGACACACCAGCUUCUUGGCGAUGUACAGAAAGUGAUAGAAGUACUCCAUGGACUUCAGUUGAAGAUGAGCAUUUUACAAAGCAAAGAACAUCCUGACUUGAAGCUCUGGUGUCAGCCUUGGAAGCAUCUAGAAGUAGAUGAAAAAUCUCAUACCACACGCCUCAUUCACAUUGAAGAAAACUGCUGCAAAGAGGAGACUACAAGUUACAGAACUUUUAAUGGAACCAUUGAGAAAUCUUCAACCAUUCCUUCUGUAGAGGAAUCUUAUAUCACUAGUGAACAUUGUUACCAAAAACCUCGAGCCUACUAUCCUGCUAUAGAACAGAGACUUGUUGUAGAAACCCGAAAUUCAGACAUAGAUGAUGGUGUCAACAGAAUACGAGAAAAUGGAGAUGAUACUAUAGUGGAAAGAUUAGGAUGGGAGCUGGAUAGAGAAAUAUGCAAGUUGGAAAAUGAGUCAAAACGUAACUAUGCUAAGAUAAGAGAAGGUAUAUCUAAGAAAGUCACAUCGGAAGAAGCUAUUGAAGUGAAGCUAUUAGAGAAAGAUGAAGGCGUUAUGAAUUCUCAACUGCAGUGGCAGCUUAACCUUUUAGCCCAUGUUGAGUCUCUGCAAGAUGAAGUAACUCAUAGGAUGGAUUUAAUUGAAAAGGAGCUAGAUGUGUUGGAGAGCUGGUUGGAUUAUACUGGAGAGCUGGAACCACCAGAACCGCUAGCUAGACUCCCACAACUCAAACACUGUAUAAAACAACUUCUCACGGACUUGGGCAAAGUGCAACAAAUAGCACUUUGCUGUUCAACAUGAUACUGGAGAGUUCUACAAGAUGGGUGGAGCAUAUCACAGGAAGAACACUUUCUGUUUAAGUGGAAUAAGCAUGCGUGUUGCAUGUGAUGCAGAACUGACUUCAGGGAAUUGUUUAGAGACAAGUGUUACUCUUAAAAGUGAUGAGGUUGCCCUUCUCUUUUGUUUAUUUGGCUUUUGCUAGGCAUUUUUAACAUGGAAAGGGACGUAUUCUUGUCUUCAAGGCUAGCAGCAGACUGGCAAUAGACUUUCACUCCUUGUAUCAAGUUGUUGAAUUAAACAUUAAAGUUCUUUGUAUACAUACACUGACAAAAUUGUGCCACUGGAGAACAAAGUUCUAAGAGCCAAAAAUUAUUAGCUGACCAAGGCUGUAAAUUACAUUCGGCAUAGUUUAUUUAAGUGACUAGUGCACCAGAUCGAGUCAUAGUUUAUUCUACUGGUUUAUGCAUAACCACAGUAUUUAAUCAAUAGAAUUAUUUUGAAGCCUAGCAAGUAUGAAUGUCUAAUUUUAUUGUAAACUGUUACAAAAGGUUUGCAGAUAAUGACCUGAAACUUGUCUACCAUUUUAAAUAGAUGUAGUAUAAGGUCACAAUUUGGUUGCACUUCUUUUCCUAGUAAAUGAUUGUUUUCCAUAUUUAUCAUGUCAUUUUAGCAUGACUUCUGUGGUACUGGGAGAACCCCAUUUGUUGUACUUCUGUGCAUUCUUAAGUUUCUAAGUCUGUCCAUACUGUGCCUCCCAUGGCCUAGUGCUGACAAGACACCCUCAUGGCAGGGUACAGAAUGGUCUGCGAUACAAAUGGCAUACUGCAAAUUCACCAUGGUCUAUGAUAGACACAGCGUAGUUUUCUACCCAACUGUUAAUAAUUACCAUUCCGGUUAUAGUUUGAAAUGUAGUCUUUCAAUAUUUUAAACUUUCUCAUUGUAGAGACUUGUAAAUGUGUGGUUUUGGGAAUCAGUUUAUUUUAUAUUUGUGUAAAUGAAGCCUCAAGAUCUAUGCAUGAGGUACUAUCCCCAAAAGUAAUGGGGCAUUAUGUUAAACAGUAUGUUUUCAAAAUCCCUUUUUGUAUUUUUAUUUUUAGUUUCUUUAUUUGUAUUAUUUGUAAGAUCAAAGUGAAAAUGCUGCUUAAGUUGAAGCUACAUUAUAUUACCUUUUGGAAACAUGGUUGUAUUGUAAGUAUUUGAUAUGUUAAACUCUUUGCCUGCAGAUCAUAUUUCCAUAACUAAUUUUUACUUUGUGUUAGACAACAUCUGGGACAAAAGGUUCCUUUGAGGUAGACAGGAAUGGGCUAUUCUUGCAUUGAGAGUAUUCUGAAUAAGUUAAAUUUCUAUUACCUUGAUAUCAGAAUUCUGUUUGACACCACCAGAGUUUAACAGUAAAGCACAUUUGUGAGUUGAAGGCCUGUUAAAGUGUACAAAUUGAUAAUUAUGGAUAUAAAACUAAUGUUAAUAUGCUGCAAAUUUGAUUAUGUAAACUUCAGUUAGCCAGUGUUGUCAUAGGAUUAACCAUGGCUACAGUUAACAUUUUGACCAGCUUAUCUCUCUCAGAAAGAAUAACUACACUAUUCGGAGUUGAAACAAAGGCUUUUGUGCCAAGACUAAUUUCAGGGAAUAAUUUGUCUCCAAUUUAUUGGCACUUACUGUUUUUGAGUGUAACAUCUGUACAGCAGAUAAACUUAUUUUGCUGUAAUAAUUGGAAUAAAGCUGAUGUGAUCAUUGUAAAUGA